AGAGGAGUUUCUGGGGCUAGUCCUUGUACAUGUCACAGAGCUUGGUGGUGGAAGCACCAUGAAUUCUCUCUUCCUGAUUCUCUCCUGCCUGGGAGCAGCUGUUGCUUUCCCUGGAGGUGCUGAUGAUGACAAGAUUGUGGGAGGCUACACCUGUCCAGAGCACUCAGUUCCCUACCAGGUGUCCCUGAACUCUGGCUAUCACUUCUGUGGAGGUUCCCUCAUCAACAGCCAGUGGGUCUUGUCAGCUGCUCACUGCUAUAAAUCCCGCAUACAAGUGAGGCUGGGAGAGUACAACAUCGAUGUGGAGGAAGACAGUGAAGUAGUCAGGAGUUCAUCAGUAAUCGUUCGCCAUCCUAAAUACAGUUCACUAACCCUCAAUAAUGACAUUAUGUUGAUCAAGUUGGCAUCUGCGGUGGAAUACAGUGCUGACGUUCAACCCAUAGCUCUGCCCAGCGCCUGUGCCAAGGCGGGGACCGAGUGCCUGAUUUCAGGAUGGGGAAACACGCUGAGCAAUGGCUACAAUUACCCUGAACUUCUCCAGUGCCUGAAAGCUCCAAUUCUGAGUGACCAAGAGUGCCAAGAGGCUUACCCUGGUGAUAUCACCAGCAACAUGAUCUGCGUCGGAUUCCUGGAGGGUGGGAAAGACUCAUGCCAGGGUGACUCAGGCGGACCAGUUGCGUGCAAUGGAGAGCUGCAAGGAAUUGUGUCCUGGGGAAUUGGAUGUGCUCUGAAAGGUUAUCCUGGAGUUUACACCAAGGUCUGCAAUUACGUUGACUGGAUCCAGGAAACCAUUGCAGCCUACUGACACCCAGAUGGCCUCCUGGCUCCACGGCUGCUCCCCUCCUGCCCUUACCACUUUCAUCCUGAGAGGGAAAUAGCGCAAAUAAAACUCUUACUUAACUGAA